AUGAUAGAUGUGGAUGAUCGCCUACUGGUGUUCAGCGGAGGAAGUAUUAGUGGAACGGCUUGUAUCUGGGAAUUUGACGACAACGAUGCCAGCGUUUUAUGCCGGCAGUUAGGAUAUGGUACUCAUGGCACGUCUUACGCUGUCCCUCGAUCGAGUUUUCCACAUGUCUUAUUCAACGUCCAAUGCCAAGGAACCGAGGCGAGAUUGGAUGAAUGUGCCUACGAUACACAAGAUAUUACUUUAAUGUGUCCUGGUGCAGAUGAUGUUGGAAUUACUUGUUCCACUUCCACAACGACAGUUACAAGUCAAAGUAGUCAAGGUUUCAUUUCCACAACAACAGUUGCAAGUCAAAGUAGCCAAGGAACCUCCAUGCCGCCAUACAUAGAGUACGAGUCCACGAGUCAGCCAGCUCUAAACCUGGUGAUAGAUGUGGAUGAUCGCCUACUAGUGUUAAGUGGAGGAAGUAUUAGUGGAACGGCUUGUAUCUGGGAAUUUGACGACAAUGAUGCCAGCGUUUUGUGCCGGCAGUUAGGGUACGGUACUUCUGGAACGUCUUAUGCUCUCUCUCGAUCGAGUUUUCCACAUGUCUUAUUCAACGUUCAAUGCCAAGGGACCGAGGCGAGAUUGGAUGAGUGUGCCUACGAUACACAAGAUAUAACCUUCAUGUGUCCUGGUGCAGAUGAUGUUGGAAUUACUUGUUCCACUUCCACAACCACAGUUGCAAGUCAAGGACAUUCAACUGUGUGGGUUGGACCAGGAGGUAGGGUGUUCGCUUCAACCACGAAUGGAACGGGGACUGUGUGCAGUGACCGGUGGGAUGAUAUGGACGCUGACGUUGUUUGUCGACAGAUGGGAUUUCCUUCUGGAACUGCAAGUUUUCUUCCACGUGACUACAUGAACAAUCACAUCAUCUUCAAUGUUCGUUGUCAGGGUAACGAAACCAACGUUCAGCAAUGUCCAGUAGACGAGUGGGAUAUGUUUGGAAACUGUGUUUAUCAUGGUGACGCCGGAGUCAAUUGCAUGAAUACCUCUCAGGUAAUUAAAUCAACAUUUCGAAAGAAGCUUCUGAAAAACAUGAUGUACAAAGGAUACGAGACCAGAAAAAUCAAUAUUGAUUUGGAAAAAUGA